AUGGCCUCCCCCCAGAAUCCCCCUCCAUUGAAUAUUCCCGACUCUCCAAAUACCGUCAAAGUGUCCAUCAUCAAUACAACAAGUCACAUGUGGAACUUCCCUAUGUGGACAUUCGUGGAACCUCUGAUUCCUGGUCACCACGAAAUGGAAGCAGGGUCUUAUGCAUUUCUCAUUGAACAUGCCAAAGCCGGUAACAAGUAUGACACUUUACUCUUUGAUCUUGGUGUGCGUUAUGACUGGGAGACGGACUCCCCACCUGCAUUUCUCAAUGCUAUAAAGGAGGGCGGGCACCACAUUAAGGUCGAAAAAGAUACAUCGACUAUUUUACGCGAGAACGGAGUAGACUUGGCUGAUAUUGGGGGUAUCAUUUGGUCUCACUGGCAUUUCGACCACACGGGGAAUACUACAAAAUUUCCUGGAACGACGGACGUGAUAGUUGGGCCUGGCUUCAAGGCCAACAUGCUCCCGGCAUUUCCGACAGUAGCUGAUGCUCACAUUGACGAACGACUGUGGGCAGAUCGAAAGCUUCGUGAAAUUGACUUCGUUAAGGAAGGCAACGGUCUUAAAAUUGGCAAAUUCAAUGCCCUGGAUCUCUACGGGGACGGGAGCUUCUACCUUUUGGAUACCCCUGGUCACACGAUUGGCCACCUCUCGGCCCUCGCUCGUACCACCGUUGAACCCCCUACCUUCAUAUUCAUGGGCGGUGACAUCGCCCACCACGGGGGAGAAUUUCGUCCAACCCCGUAUUUACCUUUGCCGGACAACAUCAAUCCUCAUCCCACCAUGGGGCCGAUGUUCAGCUGCCCCGGUGAAAUCUUUGUCGCCGUUCACCCCAAGAAGAGCCGCACGGAACCGUUCAACAAUCCCACAACCAGUCCUGGAUCGUGGCAUUACAACCCUCAGGAGGCAACGCGCACUAUCGACAAUCUGACGGAGUUUGACGCGUAUGAGCAUAUCUUUCCAGUGAUUGCUCACGACAAUACCCUUCUCGACGUCAUCGAUUUCUACCCAAAACCAGCGAAUGAAUGGCAGGCAAAAGGUUGGAAGGAGAGAAGUUUGUGGGGUUUUCUAAGAAAUUACGAGCGGUCAAUGAGUAGUUUGAUUUAG